AUGGAUACAGAACGCCUGAUAAAGUCUGUAAUCAGAAGUAUUAUGUGUCUGGCUGGAAUCAUUGGUAACAACUGGCUGUGCAUUAGCUCUCUGCCAAAAUCUAUUUCUCAGCUUCGACCUAGCGACGUUCUAUUUAUAAAUUUGGCUGUAUCCAAUCUGAUCACUAAUUACCUGGUGGACGUCCUCAACAUUUUCCACACUGAACAGUACAUUCCUGCAGGAAAGGUGUUUUGCAGCAUUCGAUUUUUCCUACCUGAACUCUCGGAGACCAGCAGCAUCUUGACCACAAUGUUCAUCACUAUGUUCUGGCAUCAAAAGCUUGUGGGCUCUCUGAAACGUGGAGGAGCUCCUGUGCAAAUGGAUAACCUCCAGUUCAUCACUGUGAUGCUGACCGGAAGCUGGAGUUUUUCACUAGUCCUUAACAUUUCUCAUUUAUUCUUUGUUGCUACAAUCAAUGAGAACGUGACUACUGCGGAAUGCAAGGAAGUGCUGCCCUCACCAGAAGCCGAUCAGGCCUACAAGGUAGUAUACAUCACACUUGCAAAUGUGUUUCCACUUAUUGGGAUUCUUUAUGCAAGCAUCCAGAUCACAGUUACACUGCUGCAGAAUGAAAAGCGAAUGAAGAAAAUGGGUGUAGCAGUCAGAAACGGAGGAAACACCGGAGCUGGGAAAAGUGGAAACAACACUAAUAACGAAUCCACAGUUAAGUUGUCCAAGUCACAAGCCAAAACAGGUAGUCUGGUGAGGGCUGCCAAGAGUGUAGUGGCAGUCGCCAUUCUUUUUUUAUUAUGCUGGGUAAUUCACAUCAAUAUCAUCAUCAUCAGUUCCAUCUCACCAACCAGUGUGACAGAGGACAUAGAGAGCUUUGUAGGAGCAUCCUAUACAUGCAUCAUCCCUUAUAUUUAUCUGUACGGUGUGCAAAAGCUGACCUGUUCCAGAGGAUCAGGGCGUGUGAUGGGUCGAGUAGUAAGUCAGUGA